CUCACCCGCUCCACUGCCCGUCAGUUGCCGCUAGACCACCCUCGUACACGUUGAUUUUUAGUUUUUAGUGCAGUGUGUGGAAUUUUAAACAAAAUGUGUAACCCUUUCCGGAUUAUCAUCGUGUCAAUUUUCUGGGUGGCAGUCGUUUCCGGCCACGUCCACGGUAGAAGAUCUCGGGUCAUGAGCAUGGAGGACGAAACACAAAAUGAAGUCGACAGCGGAAGAUCUGAAGACAGUUGGUGGCCAUCAGCGGAAUUCACAAUUUUACAAAAAGUUUAUGACGAUUGCAGUGCACAAAAACAUUUUUCGACAUGUCUGAAGGGUAAAGCUUUGACGGCACUGACCAGAGCAGUAGAAAUGGAAAGCGUUCAACUCACGGAUGGGCUAACGUUGGUGAAGCAGGCUGACGCGCCCUCUGCGAUUGCAGAGCCUCGUUUCUACUCUGGAAUGUCACUGGAAGACAAACUUGAUACGAUGUUACGCAAUAAAUUCGAGCAGUUGAUGAAUUCGCACACCAUAUCCAUGGACCUCGCGUCAGAAGGCAGAGGCAGAGGUAAAAAAGUGCUGCCUUAUCUGUUACUUGGUAUCUUCACGACUAUGAGCAUAGUUGGUGGCAUGGCUCUGAAGACACUAGCUGCUAUUGCCGGCAAGGCUCUCAUCGCCAGUAAGGUAGCACUGACGAUCGCUGGAAUCAUUGCCCUCAAGAAACUUUUCAGUCACGACGGUAGCAACGGCGAAACUACCUUCCAAGUGCACGCAGAUGGACACCAUAGUCUUUAAUUCGAAGGCGCAAUUUGUAUGUGGUGAGACAAGCGCAACCAAGCGGAGUGGAUCCUUACCGUUUCUACGCGGAGCAGACGACCGCGAGUGCGUAACCCCGGCGUCUACGCCGCGCGUGCGUCCGCGCCGGCGCCUGCUCACCACCGGACACCUCUGGCGUCAUCUAUACAAAAUAACCUCAAACCAAAGUACCGUCCAUAAAGUGGACAACAUUCUCAGACGAAUCGGUCGUCCAUUCUCAUUCUCAAAUCUAUGUCAGUAAAUUAUUUAAAGUAAUUUAUUUAUUUGUGACUUAUGGUUUUAUGUAAUAUACUUAAUUUAAUAAGUAUUGUAAGAUAUAAUAAAAAACGUUACACA